CAGAAGCCAAACUAACUAGAAAGCAGCACCGGAAACAACAAUCAGAAUCCAGAAAUUACGAAUAACGUCUGAACGGCAUUUCUCCAGGGUCUCCAAUAGCCGUUUCUUUUUUCCUCCACCAAAAUAAAAGGUCCCGUUAAUAAAGGGAUAAGGGAAAUGGACAACAAGGGCUUAUAGAAGAUUACUAAAUAAGAAUUUGUUGUUUUGAAUUGAUAUUUGGAGCAAUGUGGCCAUUACAUAUCUUGAUCAAUAAAUUUUUAAAAACUGAAGACGGCAAAGACAGCAUAGAAGGAAAGGAAACUUGUUGUAGUUUGGUUAGAACAUAUCCAUUUAAACAGCCUGUGGAAAACCAAGAUGUUAUACUGCCUCGCUCGCACUUUGUUGACGUUCCUCAUGUAGGGCAGCUAUGUUCUUGGGAUUGCGGUCUUGCGUGUAUUGUUAUGGUUUUAAGAACUAUUGGCAUCGAUCAAUGUAACAUUCAGGCAUUAACAGAGCUUUGUACCACAACAAGCGUUUGGACAGUGGACCUUGCGUAUCUGCUGCAGAAGUAUUCUGUUAGUUUUUCCUUCUUUACUGUUACUGUUGGAGCAAAUCCAGAUUAUUCGGUGGAAACCUUUUACAAGGAGCAGUUGCCUAAUGAUCAGAUGCGAGUUGAUAAAUUAUUCCAAAAAGCUGUGGAAUCUGGAAUCGACAUACAGUGCAGAUCGAUAAGCAGUGAAGAGCUUUCAGUCCUUAUAUUGUCAGGGAACUAUGUAGCUAUUGCAUUGGUGGACCAGGAUAAACUGAGUCGGUCUUGGAUGGAUGAUGUUUGUGUCUCAGGCUUGUGUAGUGGAAACUCAGGCUAUACAGGUCACUAUGUUGUAAUUUGCGGAUAUGACAUGGAGAAAGAUGAGUUUGAGAUAAGAGAUCCAGCCAGUUCUAGGAACUGUGACAGAGUAUCGAUGGAGUGUUUAGAAGAAGCUCGAAAAUCAUAUGGUACUGAUGAAGAUCUUCUCCUGAUUUCAUUGGAGAAGAGAGAGGUUGGACAAAAGUUCUCUCUGUAAUACUGUGCAUAUAUACCAUGUACCAUUUGUGAAAUGAAAAUACAUAAAUUAUACCACAAUCAUGUUUCUUCCUGGGAGUAAUUCUGGGUUGUUAGUCUUAACAGUUGCUAAACUGUACCGGUAAACUAUAGUUCAACAUUUGGCAACAUGAAUACACAGUCUCUGAUCGAUCCCUAAAGUCA